AUGCCGAGAGAGCUAAUCGGUCUAUCCGUAGGACAAUGCGGAAACCAAAUGGGUUCUGUUUUCUGGCAGCGAUUAUGCGCCGAACAUGGCAUCAAUAAAGAUGGGAUUCUUGAGGAGUGGGCGACUGAAGGAGGCGACCGCAAGGACGUCUUCUUCUACCAAGCAGACGAUGAACACUAUAUUCCACGAGCGAUACUAAUUGACCUCGAGCCCAGAGUCAUCAACGGUAUCCUUACCUCACCCUACGCCAACCUCUAUAACCCGGAGAACAUAUUCGUUUCAAAAGAUGGUGGUGGCGCAGGUAAUAACUGGGCACAGGGCCACUCCGCAGGAGAACGAAUAUACGAAGAAAUUAUGGAGAUGGUCGAUCGUGAAGCCGAGGGGAGCGAUUCGCUCGAAGGAUUCAUGGCGAUGCACUCAAUUGCAGGAGGGACCGGUUCGGGCCUUGGUUCUUUCUUGCUCGAACGGCUCAACGACAAAUUUCCCAAGAAACUCAUUCAAACAUAUAGCGUGUUUCCGAAUGCGCAAGAAGGAGAUGUUGUUGUCCAACCCUACAACUCGAUCCUGACUCUCAAACGGCUUGUAAACCAUGCAGACUCCGUCGUGGUCCUCGACAAUGGCGCGUUGGCCAGAAUAUCGGCGGACCGACUCCAUGUUCAAACCCCGACAUUUGAUCAAACUAAUCAGCUAGUUGCGACCGUUAUGGCUGCAAGCACGCAGACUCUGCGAUACCCCGGUUAUAUGAAUAACGACCUCGUUGGCUUGGUCGCCUCGUUAAUACCAACACCGAGAUGUCAUUUUCUCAUGACAUCUUAUACGCCAUUCACGAGCGACAACAUCGACAAGGCAAAAUCGAUCCGGCGAACGACAGUUCUCGACGUCAUGCGACGUCUCCUCCAACCGAAGAACAGGAUGGUAUCAACGCGUCCCAGCAAAACCGCCUGCUACAUCUCAAUAAUGAAUAUUAUCCAAGGAGAUGUUGACCCAACAGAUGUCCACCAAUCAUUGCUCCGAAUACGAGAGCGUCAACUGGCAAACUUCAUCCCAUGGGGACCUGCCUCGAUUCAAGUGGCUUUGACACGCCGGUCGCCAUAUGUCACCACGAGCCAUCGUGUCAGUGGACUGAUGCUAGCGAACCACACAAGCAUUGCCUCUUUAUUUAAACAAAUGCUGGAUCAAUUUGACAAGCUGAGAAAGAAAAAUGCAUUUCUAGAUCAGUACAAGAAAGAAAAAAUGUUUGCUAAUGGUCUGGAAGAAUUCGACGAUGCCAGGGCUGUAUGCGACGAGCUCAUGAAGGAAUAUAAGGCGUGUGAAAGCGCCGAAUAUAUCACCUAUGGAUCGCAGGACGCAGAACAGCCGGUAUGA